AUGUCUUCCUCACUGGAUUCCACGAGUCGAGAGCCUGCUCGAGGCCACGUCGACAACACCCCGUACGCCGGCGCUUAUCAAUCUCGCUUCACCGCAGAGGUUCUCCAUCCGGACGGUAGCCACGGCUCCAACCACCCUUCUGCCGUCGGGCUGGACAUCCAUCUCCUGCGUCACGUCAACUGCGGCUACCUCUCGACGCACGGGCGUGCGCCGACGCUGCUCGCUCUCAAGCAGCAUGCCCAGGCGCUGGCCAUUCUCAUAGCCAAGCUGGCGCCUACGACCGAGUAUGCCGAGGUCAACAACCAGAACAACGCCCGCGGGCGCAUCAAGAAGUCCUUCAGGGACAACGAGGCCUUCGACUGGCUCAACGACCUGGGUCACACGUACCAGAACGACGACGAGUGGCAUCACAAGCCGCUCAGCGACCUCAUGAACCAGCUCCGGCACCAGUCCGAUACCCAGGACGUCAUUCACCACUGCCCCCUGCAAUCAUUCGAGGAGGACAGGGGGAAGAGGACGAAGCCACGGCCGUACGCGUCCCACGGCGCCCUGGCGCUCCACGCGAACGAGUGUCUCGAACUGCUGGACCACGAGUACAGUGCCACAGGAGGCCUCAUGUCGCUGCUGCCAACCGACGCCGAGACGGACUCGGAGGAGAUGGGCGCCGUCCGCAACAGCAUCUUGGGGCAAUGGCUGCUGUUCAACCAACACCUCGUGGCGCGCAUGCACGACCUCGAGCUGGGGUACGCCAACGCUCUCGACGUGACGGCCGGCGAGGCGGCCGUGCCGAUGCAGAUGGUCUCCAAGAUGGGGCCGGACGCCGCGUCGUCCGGGCGCGAGGUCGCGUACCCGCAGGACAAGUGGGUGCUCGCCAACGCGGGCGACGACGUGUUUGACCACCUGCACCGGGUGCUCGACCGGGAGGAGGCGCAGAUGGAGUUCAAGAGGGAGAUCUGGACGGCCAACGGCACGUACGGCGAGCGCAUGUGGAACGAGCAGCGCGGCGGCGACCUCUACGCGCGCGGGCUCGUCUUCUACGACGUCAAGACGCGCUACUACCGGCUGCAGGGAAAGGGCCGCAGCACCAUCUUCAUCUUGCCGGCGCACGGGGUGCACCCGGCGGUGCAGGAGACGCGCAGGCUCGAGGUGACGCCGACGGUGGUGUCGGUGGUGACGCCCAUGUUCCCGGCGCGCGUGUCGGACUGGGAGAGCAAGUACAAGGACAAGCUGGACGAGGCGACGCGGACGGAGAUCCAGAACCACCGGCUCGUGACGCUGACGCAGACCAUGACGGAGCAGAACGAGACGCUCGCGACGUCGCUGGCCAAGGAGCAGAUGACGAACGCGCAGUUCGAGAAGCACUACGGCACGGCCGAGUCGAGGGACGGGCCGCGGCGCCUCGAGAAGGCCGUGGCCACCCUUGAGGCCGACCUGGGGAAGAAGACGGAGGAGCUGCGGGUGCUGAGGACGGAGGUGGCGGAGGGCCUGAGGAAGGUGCCGGCCGUGUAUCAUGGGCUGUUCCCGGUGCCGCCGGCCGCGGUGGAGGGGACGGGUGGCUCCACGCGGGCACCCAGGGGAGGCCGGUCUGCGGUUGUCGUUGACUGA